CUAUGAAGAGCCCCUGGAUGACAGCGAGCAACGCCGCCGGUGGGUCGGACGCAGGAGAGGGAGCCACAGCUAUUUAAAGGGAGUCUAACGGGGGAGGGUGAUGGAUAAAUAACCCAGGAUCCACAGCGCUGAGUAACCACGCUAAACAUCGCUACAUCACAUCCCGUUCUCUAGCUUCUCACGAUUCAACCUCCGUGUCUAUCUACUAGUUAUUGUUGUUUAGAGAGGCAGAGAGAAGCGGUUCAGGGUUUUUCUUUCGCUUGUCGCCAUAUCAACUUCCUCAAAGGGGUUUGUCUCUUGUCUCUCCUCUCCUGGAUUCCCCAUCAAACUAACAGGCAGCUUCUCUUUGGCUACUGCAAGGGGCCGCUUCGGGGGAACUAUGGGGAAAGACUAUUAUAAAAUCCUUGGGAUAGUGAAAGGAGCGGCUGACGAGGACAUUAAAAAGGCGUACAGAAAACAGGCUCUGAAAUGGCACCCGGACAAAAACAAAGCGGCCAACGCCGAGGAGAAAUUUAAGGAGAUCGCCGAGGCAUAUGAAGUCCUCAGUGAUCCGAAGAAAAGGGAGAUCUAUGAUCAGUAUGGAGAAGAAGGUCUCAAAGGGGGUGGCGGCCCCGGCAACGGUCCAGACGGACAGGGCAGCAACUUCACCUCUUACACGUUCCACGGCGACCCCCAUGCUACCUUCGCCACCUUCUUCGGCGGCGCCAACCCGUUCGAGAUGUUCUUCGGCCGCAAGGCCAACGGACGCGGUCCGGGCGGCGGGGACGACGAGGACAUGGAGGUGGACGGCAACGACCCGUUCGGUUCGUUCACCUCGUUUAACCUCAACGGGUUCCCUCGGGACCGUCCCGUGGGGAUUGGUGGGCAGCAGAGGAGGAAGCAGGACCCGGCCGUUCAUCACGAGCUGCGGGUAUCGCUGGAGGAAGUGUUUCAUGGUUGCACCAAGAGGAUGAAGAUCAGCAGGAAGAGGAUGAACCCUGACGGACGGACCAUGAGGACGGAGGAUAAGAUUCUCACCAUAGAGAUUAAGAGAGGGUGGAAGGAGGGGACCAAGAUCACGUUCCCCAGAGAAGGAGACGAGUCGCCCAAUACCAUCCCUGCUGAUAUCGUGUUCGUCAUCAAGGACAAGCCCCACAUGCACUUUAGAAGGGAGGGGUCGGACAUCGUGUACCCGGUGAAAGUUAGUCUACGACAGUCGUUGUGCGGCUGCUCUGUGACGGUGUCUACGAUAGACGGGAAGACAUGUAACAUGAAGAUCACGGAUGUGAUAAAGCCAGGCAUGAAACAGACUGUAGCAGGACAGGGCCUCCCCUUACCCAAGAACCCCGAGCAGAGAGGUGACCUGGUGGUGGAGUUUGAUGUCAACUUUCCAGAGAACCUCCCCAGCAACGCCAAGGAUGUCCUGAAGAGGCAUUUACCUGUAUCCUAGAAGAACAGACAUGGAUACAGACACAGACACACGGACACAUCUGGACAACAGAAAGAGAGGGGUGACAUCAGCAUGCCAGCUCUCACACUCUCCUCCUCUUCUCUCC